AUGUUCAGACAUCACACUAUCGUGACUCAAACCAUAGUAUACAGUCACUGCGGAAACGAGAUUUUGAUCAGAGGAUAUUCUGAGUCGAAUGAGAGUAGCUUCACCAUCAACCUAGAAUGGCCUUCACAGCUCAGGGCAUUUGAGUUUGCCUUCAGCAAAACAAAACCAGGUCCUGUAAUAGUGGGUGUUCCAGUCUUUUGGCUCGUUUACCUGGUGCUGAAAGGUGCUCUGGCAGUGUCCUGCUCUCAAUCGACUCAGUACAAUCCACUCGCGAGAGAGCCGACAGAGACAAGUAGGAUUGGCCCCUACCCAUACUACCAAAGUUACAUGGGAAACUUGAAGCACCACUUGGGUACUGCUGUGAGCUCACACAUUGUGUUAGUGAGAGGCAGGGAGCAACAACUGGGGGCAUUCGGGAGCGGGGUACCCAUUGUCAUAGAAUCCGAGUGCAAGCUGGAUGCUUCACUUAAUAAAAUAAUUAAAUGCCUGCAGCCAGAUAUACAUCUAUCUGCUACACCAUCUUCAGCAAACAACUGUAUCCUGUGCACCCUGAAAUCUUUGAAAGGGAUGAGUGUCACACCCGGUGGGGGUUUUGGGAAGGGUGGAAAUGUAAUGAAUGGAAACUCCUGGAUUGCUGUCGUGUCUGAUGCAGAGGGCUCAGCAAUCCUUGAAGGCAAGUGA